GAAAUAUGAAAGCGCCUAGUUGAAACCGAAGCUAAGCUCAACUCUCUCUCUCCUCUCUCUCUCCUACCGUUCUCUAUCAGACGUUGAUAUUUUUGUUUGGUACAAUGCUCGGAGCCAGAGCUCAAUGCCACGGCCCGGAUCGCUUAGCUGCCAUCCGUCCGAUUCCAAACACUUCUUCUUCUUCCUCCUCCUCUUCGCGCCACUUGGUCUGCACGGUUCGGUUAGGGUUUAUCAGAUCACCAAAACGGUGCCGUUCGCUCAAAUCGCUCCGCAUUACCUGCUGCAACUCUUCCUCUCGCUCCAGAUCCAGCAAUGCCGACGAUCAUCACGAUUUCGACUACAUUCAAGCUUCCCUCCUUCUCUCUGAAACUAUAUCUCACUACCGUAUGCAAAGGCGAGGAUUUCAAGAAGAGACGAAAUGGCAGUCAUCUGGUAAAAUGCGUCCCUUUUCCGUCCGAGCCAGCCGACAACAUCAUUUUUUCGAUACGUUAGGCCGAAACUUUGUCCAGCGUUUCCAAAGUCCGACGAUUUUUCUGAAGAUUUCUUGUGAUGGAGACUUUUUGCUUCCAAUUGUUGUAGGUGAAUUCGCGAUCGAAAAUCUCAUAGACGGCCAAUGGGGAGAUGAGAAUGGGGACUCCCCGGAUCAAUUUCACUUUAUGAGAAAUCUCGUUGACAAACUCGGCUAUCAAGUGAAUAUGGUGAGAAUUACGGAAAGAGUGCGGAAUACUUACUUUGCCAGAUUGUACUUAAGCAAGCCAGGGGAAAAUGGCUUUCUUAGUGUUGAAGCACGCCCGUCAGAUGCCAUAAAUUUCGCACAUAGAUGCAAGGCACCCAUAUAUGUAAACAAACAGAUUGUCUUAACAGAUGCGGUGAGGAUCAGUUAUGGGAUGGGCGGAGGGCGCGAGACAAAGUCUUGUUAUGACGUAUCUCUUGACAGUGCUAUAGAGGGCCCAGAUUCUUUAAUUCAAGAACUUGGUUUGGUCAAGAAUAUCAAUCAAGCUAUCAAAGAGGAAAGAUAUAAAGAUGCAGCCAUAUGGAGAGACGAACUAUUCAAGCUUCGCAAGUCAAUUCAAGGGCCAUGAUCACUAUAUAAGGUUAUUCCGAUCUAAUGAGUCGUUUCUUCUACGAAUAUGCCUUCUAGACCUCUGGCAUAGCUUUUCAUUGUGAAGAUUAUGGUGCAAGGAAAACCUUUACGAGUUAUUGGAUGACGAGGGAACUUCUAUAAUAUUUAAUGUACAGCCACCUUAGAAAUUUUCCCCAAAUAUGUAAAUAUUAAUCGUGUAUCGAGUUCCCUAAAGGCGGUCAAUUUUAUUUGGAGAUGCAUAUCCACAACUCCACUGUCUGUAAAUCUUACGAAACUGUUGUAUUUAAAGAAGGAUCAAUAGUGUUUGCCCAAAUUUUUUUGAAUCGAAUCGAAAGAAUCUUCCUUCUUUCAAAAGAUAA